UCCGACUUGACGACAUGACGGCGUUAGUGAGAUUGGCUAUCCUUGCAAUAUGCGCGUGCGCGCACGCUCAGUACGCGGAAGAGCGAGCGCCGCGGUACAUCGCCUCGGAGCCAAAAGUCGCUCCUACGCCUGUGCCCAUACUUAAACAAAUUAACAGGCACAAUGAAGACGGCUCCUACACAUAUGGAUAUGAAGCCGCAGAUGGUUCCUUCAAAAUUGAGACCAAGUCGCCAAGCGGAGAAGUCAAGGGAAAAUACGGCUACAAGGACGACACGGGAAAGGUCCGCGUUAUCGAAUACGGAGCCAACAAAUACGGUUUCCAGCCAGCAGGCGAGGGCAUCACCGUCGCGCCUCCCACCCUCGUCGAUGAAUCCACACGGGACGAAGGCCUAAGACCUGGCAAGGGACAGAACGGACGUUCUCAGUAUCGCGAACAGUCUGUCGAUUACGACUAUGAGGAUUCCGCACCGGCGCCUACCCCGCGCCCCGCACCUCGGCCUGCACCCCGCCCCGCCCCGCAACCCGCCUACCGCGCACCCCCUCAACAGCAAUACAGACCUGCCCCUCAACCACAAGAACAAUACAGACCUGCCCCACAACCGCAGGAACAGUACAGAUCUGCCCCACAACAGCAACAACAAUACAGACCUGCCCCACAGCCUCAGCAACAGUACAGACCUGCCCCACAACAGUCUCCCACACCUCCUAAGCCGGCGUUCUUCGCGGGAGCGGCCCCGGUACCAGCCGAAGACAACUUCUUCAACCCUGAGCCAAGCCAGCCGAGACAGCAGCAGUACAGGCCCAAACAGGACUUCAGACCUGCCCCUCAGCCCCAGCAGUUCUCCCCCAAGCACACACAAGUGGAUUUCAACCAGGACUUCAAUUCAGCUCCUCAAUCUCAACCGCGUUACCAAUCGAACCAGAGGAGUCAACCGUUUUCGAUGUUAGAUCAACUUCUAAAGGAGUAUGCUCUCCCUCAGGGAGGAGCCGCACCCCUUCACGAUAUUACGUUCGGAUCGUACUAGUUCGAAUAAUCGAUUACAUUUUGUAAAUAUGUAGUGUACUUUUAAUUAAACGAAUUUUUAAA